AUGAACAAGCUUAGUAAAUACAUGAGAUUUCUAGGCUAUCAACACAGUAUUUCAAAUACUAAUGGUCAAAUUUGGUUAUUUUGGACUGGGGACCAUCAUACUCAGGUGGUUGUUAGCUCAGACCAACAGAUUACCGUUAAGAAACACUACAAUCCUUCAAACUGUGAACUCUUCAUUACUGAUGUAUAUGCUAAAUGCAGUUCUAGGGAAAGACAAGACUUAUGGGCUGAUUUUAUCAAUGUUCAUCAGCUGAUCCAAGGGCCUUGGUGCAUUGGGGGAGACUUUAAUGUCAUCCUAGACCCUGAUGAGAACCUGGGAGGCAAACCUCAUAGGAUGAGGAAUAGCUUUGACUUUAGCACCUGUAUGGAUGCUUGUGAAGUUUCUGACUUGGGAUUUGUAGGCCCAAAGUAUACUUGGUGCAACAACAGAAAACCAAGAAAGAGAAUAUGGAGUAUACUUGGUGCAACAACAGAAAACCAAGAAAAAGAAUAUGGAAGAGGCUUGACAGGGUGUUCAUUAAUGAUGAUUGGGCGCAAAUCUUUACCAACUGUCAAGUUAGAUGUCAUCAUGAUUAACAUGAUAAUAUUAAAUAUUUCAAAUUCUUGGACUUCUGGAGAAGUAGUUGGAAAUGUUUUUGAGCAGGUCAAAAUUUGGGAGGAUAAAAUGCUUAUCUUGGAAGAUCAGGACUUACACCUCAACAGUGAAAUCACCAGAGAGGCUCUCAACAAAGACCAGGCAGAAUACAUCAAGUGGAUGAAUAUAAUCAGAAAUCACCAUGACACAUGGAUUCAGGGAGAUGAUAGCAUAGCUAAUGCUGCUGUUCAUCACUUUGACCACCUUUUUAAUCUCCCUCACUCUUUUACAGACUUUAAUAUUGUUGAUUGUGUCCCUGAUUAUGAUGAGAUCAAAAGGGUUGUAUUUAGCAUGAGUGCCUCCAGUGCUGGACCUGAUGGCUUCAAUGGUACCUUCUAUCAUAAAUGUUGGGAUAUCAUUGGAAAUGAUAUCAAAGAUUUUAUUCUUUCUAUUAGACUUAAUCCCCUUUUGGAUAAGCUCAUAUCUGAGAAUCAAAGUGGUUUUGUCAAAGGUAGGUUAAUCACUGAAAAUGUGCUACUGGCACAAGUAAUUGUCCAUGGUAUUAAAAACUAUAAAAACAAGUGGAUGUCCUGGGAUUUUCUAUUAGCUGUUAUGAAGAAAUUUGGUUUUGCCGAUAAUAUGUUGUCUCUUAUUGGUAAUCUCCUUGCUGGAGUAUGGCACUCUAUCAUAUUAAAUGGCAAUAGGAGUGGUUUCUUCACUUCUACUCAAGGUCUCAAGCUAGAUGCUAGAGGUCCUAUUAUUAAUCAUCUUGCAUAUGCUAACGAUAUUGUUAUCUUCUGUGGGGGCAACAAUAAGUCCAUCAAGCUCAUUAAGCAUCAAAUCAAAAGAUAUGAGAAUGCUUCAGGUCAAAAAGUCAAUAACAAUAAAAGCUUUUUCAUAACUGCUCCUAACACUUCUGUGUACAGGACAAAUAGAAUUAGAAAAGUGUCUGGUUUUAUGGAUAAACCUUUCCCUUUUACAUAUCUAGGCCGUCCUAUUUACUACGGCAGGAAGAAUUCUCAUCUCUUUGAUGACAUGUUGUCCAAAAUAGUGAAAAAGUUAAAUGGCUGGUGUUAA